AUGGAGUUAACGCACGUUCACGACAACGAGCCCAUCCUUGCCGUCUAUCCUGACAUUGAGCUCGAUGACAACAUCAACGAUGUCGGCACGCUCAUCAGUGGGCUCGGCCUUGGCAACGGCGCGAUGACGGCCGCCGAGUACGUCGCCAUCGACGACGCCGAGCCGACGUGCGCCGAACGCGCGGCGGAACAGACGACGGCGGAGGCGGAGGCAGGCCUGGUGGUGGAGCUCUGGGAGGCGCCGACAACCAUGCAGGCUGUCUACGACGAUGUCGACCCCGUGGGCCGUGAAGCGCGGCGCACUGCCCGGGCGGCAUGCGAGAUGCUCAUCGGAUAUGCUCGCGCCACGUGCAUCACGCCGCGCGACCUCUGCCACCUCUUCGAUAUCCGCAACCCCAUCAUUAUCGAGAGGAUGGAGUGGGCAAGCCCAGCUUUCAAUCUCAACGUGGCCCCUUCGCCAGUGCCUACCCCCGGCGCUACACCCACGCCCGAGGCCCCUCGUCCGCGCGGCCAUGUGCUGCCUAGCUGGAUGAACCAUCCGUCCUGCUCUCAGCUGCUGCUUGACGCCGGUGUGGGCACCGUGAUGGACGGUGCACAAGUGUUCACUCCUUGUGCACAUUUGUGCGUGUUUCGAUGCUGGAGUUGA